AUGGCCUCUUUCCUUCGUCGUGGGUUUGCCACAGCUGCCCAAUCCAACAAAGUCACCAUCGGUUUGAUCCCAGCAGACGGUAUCGGCCGCGAGGUCAUCCCUGCUGCCCGUCAAGUCCUCGAGUCCUUGCCUAAGUCUGGGUCCAGCCCUCGCUUUGAGUUUAUUCAUUUGGAUGCAGGAUUUGAGCACUUUCAAAAGCAUGGAGUAGCUCUUCCCGAGGAAACUCUUGCUCGUCUCCGCGGUGAAUGCCAAGGAGCACUCUUUGGUGCUGUCAGUUCGCCUUCUCACAAGGUUGCUGGAUAUUCAUCACCCAUUGUCGCCCUCAGAAAGCACUUGGAUCUCUAUGCGAACGUUCGCCCCGUCGCCUCGGUUGCUGGAGCAGACCAGAAGCAAUUAGACAUGCUGAUCAUCCGUGAAAACACCGAGUGCUUGUAUAUCAAGCAGGAGAGAAUCGAGACGGAUGCCAAUGGCCAAAAGGUUGCAUAUGCCGAUCGCAAGAUCUCAGAAUACGCCUCCAGGAGAGCUGGCCAAAUGGCUUUCAACAUGGCCUUAAUGCGCGACAAACUUCGUUCAAAUGUCCCAGCCUCAGAAAGACUCUGGCAGGGCAAGCCCAAGGUCACGAUCGUCCACAAGUCCAAUGUCCUGAGCGUGACGGACGGACUCUGGCGCGAGACAGUUCGUUCCGUCAAGGAGAACAACCCUGAGUUCGCAGGCGUUGAUAUGGAUGAGCAGCUAGUCGACUCGAUGGUCUACCGCAUGUUCCGCGAGCCCGAGGCUUUUGAUGUUGUUGUUGCUCCUAACCUUUAUGGUGACAUUAUCUCGGAUGGUGCAGCUGCAUUGGUGGGGUCCCUUGGCUUGGUUCCCUCGGCCAAUGUAGGCGACCAUUUCGUUGUUGGUGAGCCAGUCCACGGAUCUGCACCGGACAUUGCGGGACAGCAAAAGGCGAAUCCUGUUGCUGCCAUCAGGAGUGCGGGUCUGUUGCUGGAGCACAUGGGAUAUGCCGCAGAUGCUGCACGAAUUUAUCAGGCUGUCGACGGCGUCCUUCGCGAGGGACGGAUCAAGACACCCGAUCUCGGGGGCAAGAGCACCACGCAGGAGGUUACUGACGCCAUCUGCAAGCGCCUUUAA